UGCUUGAAGCGUUGCAGGCUGUAGGUCAUGCCUGGUCUGCUCAGGUAGGUGCAUGGGCGCCUGAGCCAUUCAUCUCUCUGUGUAUUUACUAUAAGGACUUCUUCUUUUCGUUUUCUAUGUCUCGUUUCAUUUGACGUUUUUUUAUUUUCAUUUUGUGCUGAUAUACUGUUUUAUCUCCUGCUGCGACUGUGUUUCCAUUUUCUAUUUGCGAGAUGGUUUUUCUUUCACCUCGCUGUUUGUCUUCAAGUUCUCUCCAUUGGUUCUGGGCGAGGCCACACUGGGCUCUUUUGUCAAGGACGAAAUGCAGGCAUGAUGAGGGAGGUCUGCGGACCGGAAGAUACACAUAUUCUUUCUAUCCGGCAUGUCGGUUUGAAGGAAGAAGGGCAAGAACGAGCGAUGUAUGUAUGUACCAUAGUAUAGGGAAAGCCAAGUGUGGGAUGAAUAAUUUCAAGUCAAGAAAGAGUAAUGAUGAGACGUGUCGAGUGAUGGGGAGUAAUUGAUGAGAGUAGAUAGUUCCCGCCAAGUCACUGGAUCACCUUUUGAGUAAC